AUAUGUAGACCAUCUACAAUCUCUUUGCUUAGAAAUAACAGUGAUUUGAUAAUUAUUUAUAAUAUAAUAAAUGUCGCGGGGAAUUCAACAGAAAAACUUAUUAAAAUUAACCAUUAUUUAGAAUAGAUCCUAUACCUAUACAUUUAACAUAUAUAUACAAAUCUUGUACGAUUAGUAUUUUUACUAUUGCUAACACUAACAGUACGUAGUGGCGUAUGAUUAGUAAUGCGAAUGCUGUAACAGACUGUAUAUGGUAGUGUUACUGUAAAUAUAUAAUAAAAAGAGGUACAGAACUGUUUAAUAUUGUGAAUAAACGCGACUCUUAUUGACACUAUCAAGACAAUUAAAUCAGAUCUACACCCAAGCCUUCUGUUGUAUUGCAACGCAAAAACGAACUCUCCUAAGCGAAGGGUAGUAUAACAAGAACAAACCUCACGAUGAUCGGGUCAGGAAAGCAAAUCUUUAGAAAGUUUCUUCGAGGGAUCAUCAAGCCUUUGAGUAAUAAUACAGGAAAUUCAUUAGGUUCUAUCCAAUGUAGGUUAUUCCAUAAGUCCAAUGAAAACCUUCUUCCUUUGAUUCCUGUUGUCAUAGAACAAACUGGCCGAGGGGAGAGAGCAUAUGACAUUUAUUCUAGGCUUCUGAAGGAGAGAAUAAUUUGUGUAAUGGGCCCAAUUACAGAUGAGCUGUCUAGUUUGGUUGUAGCCCAGCUGUUGUUUUUACAGUCUGAAAGUAACAAGAAACCAGUUCACAUGUAUAUAAACAGCCCAGGUGGAUCUGUGACGGCGGGUUUAGGAAUUUAUGAUACAAUGCAGUAUAUACUUCCUCCUAUUGCCACAUGGUGUGUAGGACAAGCAUGCAGCAUGGCAAGCUUACUACUGUGUGCAGGAGCACCAGCAAUGCGACACUCUCUACCAAAUUCUCGAAUUAUGAUGCACCAGCCUUCUGGUCAUGCUGCUGGACAAGCUACUGACAUUCAGAUUCAUGCAGAGGAGAUUUUAUACUUGAAAAAGAAGUUAAAUAGCAUAUAUGUGAAACACACUAAUCAGCCUAUUGAGAAGAUUGAAACAUAUAUUGAACGAGAUCGGUUUUUGAGUCCUGAGCAGGCAAAAGAGUUUGGGCUAAUAGACUUUGUGUUGGAACACCCUCCUACACAUAGUGAGGCACACCAAGCUGCAGGCAGUACUUAAAAUGUAUGAAAAAUGAUAUUACUCUUAACUUUCUAUAAGUUUCUUUUAUGAAUGGUAACUAAUUCAUUUAUCUCUCUGUGUAUUUAAGUAAAAAACAUUUUUUUGAUACUGUAAUGAAUAAAACAUUAUGUUAUUAUUAAGUUGAUGAGUGUUAUUCAUAUAAUAAAUUCUUUGAAAAAUAUGAAUAAUCAACAGAACUGUAUAAAUUAUGUUUGUGUGACAAAUAGUGUAAGAAGAAGCAAAAAAAAGAUUAAAAAUAAACAUUUAUCUUGUUUA